AUGAACAAUGCCCGCCCGGCAUCCUGCUCUCGUCGCGGUUCCGCUGCGGGCGCGUGGCGCGAAAGGUUGCGUGCAGAGGCUGUAUUUGGGAUCCGUGACAUGGCAAAGCUCGAGGGUGGUACCGACGGCGAGCUUGAUAAGGAGCUCAAAAACCGGAGAAUGAACGCAGGCCGCCGCUGCCCAACGGUGUGUGGGCGGGAAACGCCGUUGCUGCCUAUGGCUCCCCCUCCGCGGUUGGAGAAGGCGUACUCGGAGAGUGCGCCUAGCAUCCCGCCGACGAUAGCGCCGACUGGUGGCGAGGUGCUGGUUACGGCGGAUGUGGAUGGUGAUAAUGCAUUUGAUGUGGAGGUGGAAAAGGACGUCAAUGAAGAUAAAGAUGCUGACGAUGAGGAGGAGGAGGAAGAUGAUGAUGACGAUGACGAUGAACCUGCUGAAGGAUCUGAGUGUCGAACCUCUGUGAAAACAAAACAAUCUAUCAAGCAAGACAGAAGACAAUGUCAGUAG